CUAAGCACAUUCGUUUAGAAUUAUUUUUCUAAGUGCCUCCUAUAGAUUAUAGCAAAGGGGGAGGCCAAGUUCGUUUCACUAUUAUUAUAAUUAUAUUAUCUCCUCGACCGAAAACUCGUUUUUCACGCUUCCUCUUUGAAAAACCUUGAAACAGCAGCUCACUAAUAAUUUUCCCGCGAAGAAACCAAUAGAAACGUCUCGCCUUGUCCGCAUGCUAGGGUCCGAAAAUCACGUGAAAAAGUUAGUUCUCCUCACUACAAAAGGUUCAAAAAGUAGACUUCGCACAGCUCGCCUGGUCCCCAUCUAAAAUUGUACUUUUCACUCACGAGCACAGGGAUUUGUACGAGUAUAACUGUAACAAAAAAGCUAGUUCUCAGUCGAGGUUUACUUUUUAUCAGCGUUUUUUUUAUUUUUUGAGUACAGGUAGUGGCCCACUAUAGCUCUCUUUCGUCUUUUCUCUUUCCACUAGUCCGUCCAGCUCUAUCUAUCUAUCUCUCACUGGGGGUCUGUUGAGUUUCUCUCCAAAAAACUGUUGCACCGCCGCACCAACGAGUGCGAGCAUACCGAGCGGUAAUAUUCUGAUCUGAUUCUAGGACCUGUUUUCAACCCUCGCAGUGUUUGUCUCGUCGUGUCGUGUGCGUAAAAUCGAAGACCUUGGCUGCGCUUCGAUGUAUUCGUCGGGCAAGUAGAUCACAGAAGAUUUUCUACGGUUUCAGUUCGAGCUGCAGCGUGUCGCGGUCUUCAACUCGUACUACGAAAAGACGCGAAACACUGCUCCAUCUGCGAAAACGACUAAUCCUUGAAGCGCGGCCCGUUUCUAGCCGUCGCCCGGAAACAAGUUUUGUGCCCGCGCUGCAAAGUCUGUCAGUGUGGGGACGGUGCACUGCAACUGCGAAAAGAGCCACCAUGCAAUAACUAGAAAGCAGCUACGUUUUAAGCAGUCCGACAACAACCGGAAAAGGCUAGCCAAAGAGCUAGCGUGGAGCAUUUUUUUUUUUGCUCCACAGCAAAGUCAAUGUGAAAAACGAAUUAUAAAUCCGUCCAAAAUCUUCUUCUACAUCUCCAAAACCGAAAGCAAGCGAAACAGCUCGCGCUACUGGUGUUCUUGUGAGCACCGCGGUGGCGAUCUAGGCAAAUGGCUGCUGUUCAAAAGAAACGCCUCCUUGACCUUGUGUUUGGAACCUGGAAUGUAAAUGGCUUGGGGUUGAAAGCCAAGGACGACGUAAAAAAGAAGAGCAUACUACUGGAAGCACAACUACACGGGAUCCUUUGUCUUGCGAUCGCGGAGACAAAGGGAACAAAAACGGGGGAGGAGACAGCAGGAGACUGGAAAAUUUACCACGCAGGGGGGCAAAAAUGCAACGCGGGGGUAGCGAUAGCAGUGAGCAACAAAUUCCCCGGGCAGGUCGUGGAUUGGCGG